AUGGCCUCCAAUGAAGAUGAUGAGAUUGUUCGAUGCUCGCUCUCUGAUCGUUCAGAUCUUUCUUCUCCAGUUACGGGUCUGGUUCAACCUUCUCCUUCCGUCCGCGGUACAGAUUAUUCUCCUGUUCGCAGCUCUGGUCAGAACGCAGAUCCUCCUGGAGAUUCUUUUUGUUUCGGUGAAGCUACUUUCUCUCGUAAGCGUCAUCGAGUCGAACCUCAGGGUAACGAGCUUUCCACUCAAAUUUCCACCCCUUCUUUUGCUCGAGCUUCUCCUGCUCCUUCUUUUGAUUCUUCUCAGAAAAAUCUUGAUCGUCUUGCUUAUUCUUUACGGAAGGAAUUUAGUGAGUCUUUUUCUCGUCAGCAUCGAUCUCUGAAGGAUCUAAGUGAUUCUCUUGGUCGACAACAACGUUCUCUUGAUGAUUUCGUUAAAAAAACUGACAUUUCUUUCAGUUCUUUUUCUGCGGCUGUUUCUAAUUUUCAACAGUUCAUGGAGAACUCUUCCAAACACUCCGCCUCUCUCGAAGCCAAGCUGGAGGCUCUCCUGUCCCGUUCAGAUGCGGCUGCUUCCUCAGCUCCUUCAGCUCCUUCAGCUCCUGCGGCUCCUUCGACAGCUCCUUCGGCUCCUUCGUCUGCUCAAGAUGUUCCUUCCUCUUCUAAUCUUCAUUCUGAUGUUCCUUCGGAUAUUCCUUCCGAAGAACCUUCUUCUAAAUUUCCUGAUCAAAUUCAGGUUCUUGUAAAUAAGGCUUUCUCUGGCUAUAAACGCCUGUGUAUUGAUGCCGAGCGUUCUAAAGACCAUCUUGAACGUCUUAAGAACUUCUCAGCCUCUGGGACUCUCCCUAAAAGUCUGCAAGUUAAACCGCCUCGCAUUUCUGUCAAUGACUCAGAAGCUAACUCCUUCCUUGAGUCUAAACUAAAUGCUCUGCAAUCUGAUGCUAACAAAGCUUUUCUCUUAGCAUACAUUGAAGCUGUUUCUAAAGCUUCUGCCAACUUUGAUGCCAAAAUCAAAAGUUGCAUUGAUGAUUUUGAUUCAGUUUUGAAAGGGACCUGUACUGCUCUGCAACAUCUUCCUUUUAUGGGAGUUUUUUCUGUUUCUGCAGAGGAAUGGUACAAAGAGGGUUUAAAUGACUUUCAUAAUAAAUGUAAUCUUUUUCUGAUUGACCGUUCUCUGAAAAAAGCUGCAAAGGCUCAGGCCAAUGCUUCCAGAGAAUCUUCCAGAGAUGCUUCAAUGGCUGAAGCCGAUGAACUUCCUCCAGAUCCGACCAUCGCCCAGCUGGUCAAUGAUAAAAUCAACCAGAAACUGAGUUCUCUGUCAAACAAAAUUGACUCUCUUCUUAACAAUGGCAAGCCUCAAAAGAAGAAAUCAAAGAAAUCUUCUGGUUCUGCUCAGAAAGGUUCUGCACAGAAAGGUCCUGCUCAGAAAGGUUCUGCACAGAAAAGUCCUGCACAGAAAAGUCCUGCUCAGAAAGGUCCUGCUCAGAAAGGUCCUGCUCGUAAGAAUUCUACUCAAAAGAAUUCUUCUGCCUCCACCGAUGGUGUCCUUCCAAAAAACGGGGUUCCGGCAGUCGGGAAGAACUCCACCUCGACUGCCUCUGGUCCGUUGCCCUCAAAAGCAAGAUCAUACCCCCACAGAAGACAAAAGAUGAAUGUGCAAUUUGCAAAACAUCCAGAAUCAUCUUCGAGAGGCAAAAACUUUUCAGAUUUUCCCCAGAACACUUCCAUUCUGGGUCGUCCUCCUCCCUUCCGUCAGAACAAUUUUCGCAGGACAAACAUUCUUCGGGGACAAGAUCGGGGCCUAGGCUUAGGUCAAGACACCGCCUAA